UGUGUGACGAGCCUGCGGCCAAUGGACAGUUAGUGGGCGGGGCUGCUCCUGGUUGCUGAGUUACCGUGAUAGUCACUCCCCAUAAUCCAAUGCGCUAUGGUAACGAUGACUCGGAAAUACAGCCCCGCCCACUUCCGGUACACAUCCCUCUGUGUCCACGGUGUGAUCUCUCCUGCCGCCUCAUCCUCCAGAGUUACGUAGUAGUGAAGAAGACAUCCGAUGAGUGUAAGGCACCCAGCAGCCACCGCAUUGUGUCAGUAGGACGGACCAGAACCCAGAGUCCCAUCACGGUGCCUCCACCUCACUCACUGAUACAUCAGAAGAUCCUGUAACUCACCAACAAGAUCAUUCAGCUGUUGACUGGAGAGGAGGAGGAGUAUAUAGAGGAACACAGGGGUCUGUACAAGGACGUGAUGAUGGAGAAUCACCGGCCCCUCACAUCACUGGGUAAGAGGAGACGGUCAUGUAUUGUACAGAGGAGAGCAGAUGGUCCCAGUAACAGAGAUACCCCAGAGAGAUGUCCCCGUCCUCUGUAUUCCCAGGAUUGUACAGAGGAGAAUCACAGGAUCCCACAGGAGGAUCAGGUUGAACGUCUGUCUGAUAUUAAAAUAGAAGCUAUAGAGGGAGAAGAAGAGACGUAUCUAACUGUUAUAAAGGUAGAAGAUAUAGAGGGAGAAGAAGAGACGCAUGUGACUGAUAUAAAGGCAGAAGAUAUAGAGGGAGAAAAAGAGACGUAUGUGACUGAUAUAAAGGCAGAAGAUAUAGAGGGAGAAGAAGAGACGUAUGUGACUGAUAUGAAGGCAGAAGAUAUAGAGGGAGAAGAAGAGACGUAUGUGAGAGGUGAUCAGUGGUGUAAGGAUGAGGAGAUCCCUACAGAUAUCAGCACAGCAGAUGGACACACAAGCAGGAAUAUCUCAGAAGGACAUCUAAUGUUAUCCCUGGAUUGUGACAUAAAAGAUAAUGACAGUAGACAGGAUUCUCCAGGAGAUAACCCCAUUACCCCAAUGAUACAUCCAGCUCUAUCAGCUGGUCCCCCUGAUCCUGGGGAAUGUUCUCCUGAUCACUCUGAUAUUGGUGCAUCUGUUACAGCUCUGAGAGUAGAUACAGAGUUUCCCUGUUCUACAGAUGCCAAAUGUUUUACACAGAACACAAAGCCACAGACAGGUAUGGCAGGUGAAAGGCCAUUUCCGUGUUCUGAGUGCAGGAAAUGUUUUGCCCAGCAAUCAAAUCUUGUUCAACAUCAGAGAAGUCACACAGGUGAGAAACCAUUUUCUUGCUCUGAGUGUGGGAAAUGUUUUACCAAGAAAUCAGAAUUUGUUAGACAUCACAGAAGUCACACAGGUGAGAAGCCAUUUCCAUGUUCUAAGUGCGGGAAAUGUUUUACACAGAGAUCAUAUCUUGUUGUACAUCAGAGAAGUCACACAGGUGAGAAGCCGUUUCCAUGUUCUGUGUGCGGGAACUGUUUUGCACGGAAAUCAAAACUUGUUAUACAUCAGCGAAGUCACACAGGUGAGAAUCCAUUUCCAUGUUCUGAGUGUGGGAAAUGUUUUGCACAGAAAUCAAAACUUGUUAUACAUCAGCGAAGUCACACAGGUGAGAAGCCAUUUCCAUGUUCUGUGUGUGGGAAAUGUUUUGCACAGAAAGCAAAUCUUGUUCAACAUCAGCGAAGUCACACAGGUGAGAAGCCAUUUCCAUGUUCUGAGUGCGGGAAAUGUUUUACAUACAAAUCGCAUCUUGUUACACAUCAGCGAAGUCACACAGGUGAGAAGCCAUUUUUUUGCUCUGAGUGUGGGAAACGUUUUACACAGGUAUCAUCACUUGUUACACAUCACAGACGUCACACAGGUGAGAAGCCAUUUUCUUGCUCUGAGUGUGGGAAAUUUUUUACUGAGAAAUCAGAAUUUGUUAAACAUCAGAGAAGUCACACAGGUGAGAAACCAUUUUCUUGCUCUGAGUGUGGGAAAUGUUUUACCGAGAAAUCAACACUUGUUAUACAUCAGAGAAUUCACACAGAUGAGAAGCCAUUUCCAUGUUCUGAGUGUGGGAAAUGUUUUGCAGGCAAAUCACAACUUGUUAAACAUCAGCGAAGUCACACAGGUGAGAAGCCAUUUUCUUGCUCUGAGUGUGGGAAAUGUUUUACCCAGAAAUCAACACUUGUUAUACAUCAGAGAAUUCACACAGAUGAGAAACCAUUUCCAUGUUCUGAGUGUGGGAAAUGUUUUGCAGGCAAAUCACAACUUGUUAAACAUCAGAGAAGUCACACAGGUGAGAAGCCAUUUUCUUGCUCUGAGUGUGGUAAAUGUUUUAUCCAGAAAUCACACCUUGUUAAACAUCAGCGAAGUCACACAGGUGAGAGGCCAUUUCCAUACUCUGAGAAAUAAAUCCGCUCUUUUUGAACACAAUAGACCUCACUCAGGUGAGGAACCAUUUUAUUCUGGAGUAAAGGGAACUGUUGCAAUGGAAUUGUUGUGUCUGUCUUGUAUAAAUAUCUAUGGAUCAAUAUUGACGGAAACCCCAAAUCUUGAUACUAUGUCAAAUAAUCGUAGAGUUUGUGGGGGUGCUACCACAGAUCAUGUAAGAGUACAUUUAGGAUAUAAGAGGAAAAAAGGAAAAGGAUCUGUUUCUGGUGCACUAAGUAGUAUAUUAGGAUAAAAAUUCACUUUUAAUUAAUUUCUUAAAAAUAUGUGUUGACAUGUUCUAUUUCAUUUCCUCAGAUAACUUCUGCGUAAUAUUCUAACAUGUACAUUUAAUGUGACGACAUAACAAGACUGUGAAUUGCACAAAACAAUAAAAAAUAUAAAAAACUGA